UGCCGGUUCGCUGGGAAUUGGGGCAGGCUUCCCAGGGUGGCGGCGCACCAGUCUGAAGGAGAGUGCGGGAAAAGCCUUAGUCUUUACCAACUUUUUCCUCAAACUCCGUGCCCUGCCUGGGUGCCCUCUGCAUCCCGUGUGUCAAGCCGGCGGUAAAUGAGUGGCUGGGAGGACCUUUAUCUACUCCCCAUGCCGCCCACUUGGGUACCGGGCGCUGCCGCCGGGGUUGUUUUCUUGCACCUCAUCCAGAGCCUGUUCUUCCCUUACUUCUGGCUUGACCUGAGAUACCUGCUGAAAGUACUGAUGUACGGGCUGAGAGUGGAGAUGUACCGGCUGCAAGGGAGGAUUGUCACCGUGCUGGACAAGUUUGUGAAGCUCGCUGAAAAGCAGCCCCACAAGCCCUUCCUCAUCUACGAAGGGAAGGUGCACACCUACCGAGAUGUGGACAGGAGGAGUAACAGAAUAGCGCAGGUCUUCCUACAGCACGGGACUCUGAAGAAGGGCGACACCGUGGCCGUGCUGAUGAGCAACGAGCCCGACUUCAUCCAUGUGUGGUUUGGACUUGCCAAACUGGGCUGCGUGGUGGCUUUCCUCAACUUUAAUGUCCGCUCCAGAUCUCUCCUGCACUGUGUGAGCAGCUGUGAGCCCAAGAUGCUGGUUGUGGGAGCAGAUCUACUUGGGUCUCUGGAAGAAAUUCUUCCUAACCUCCAGAAAGACAUUGAUGUUUGGACAAUGACCAAAGAAUCCACUUUUCCAAGUGUCCAUACCCUUUUAGACAAAAUAGAGGAUGCAUCUGAAGACCCUGUUCCAGUUAAUCAAUGCUCUGCCAGCAACCUCAAGUCAUCAGUUUUAUAUAUAUUUACUUCAGGAACAACAGGUCUUCCAAAGGCUGCAGUCAUCAGUCACAUGCAGGUUCUUAAAGGAGCUGCUGGACUGUGGGCUUUUGGUGCUACUGCCGCAGACAUCAUUUAUAUUACUCUACCUCUUUAUCACAGUGCAGCAUCUCUUCUUGGCAUUGGCGGAUGCAUUGAAUUGGGUGCAACCUGUGUAUUAAAAAAGAAGUUCUCAGCUAGUCAGUUUUGGAGUGACUGCAAAAAGUACAAUGUGACUGUCAUCCAGUACAUUGGAGAACUUUGCCGUUACCUUUGCAACCAGCCAGUGAAAGAAGGAGAAAAGAAUCACAAAGUCCGACUAGCAGUUGGAAAUGGAGUAAGAAAUGAUGUAUGGAGAGAAUUUUUAGACAGGUUUGGUGCUGUUAAGAUCUGUGAAUUUUAUGGCGCUACUGAAGGAAAUAUUUGUUUCAUGAACCACACAGGAAAAAUCGGAUCUGUUGGGCGCACCAAUUUCUUUUAUAAGCUUUUUUUCCCCUUUGAUUUAAUCAAGUAUGAUUUCCUAAAAGAUGAGCCAAUUAGAAAUAAGCAUGGUUGGUGUGAGAAAGUUAAGAAAGGUGAGGCUGGUCUUCUCAUUUCCAAAGUCAAUUCAAAGAACCCCUUCUUUGGUUAUGCUGGCAAUAAGAGACACACAGAAAAGAAACUACUCCAUGAAGUAUUUAAGAAGGGAGAUGUUUAUUAUAAUACUGGAGAUCUAAUGGUUCAAGACCAUGAGAAUUUUCUUUAUUUUUGGGACAGAAUUGGAGAUACCUUCAGAUGGAAAGGGGAGAAUGUUGCAACUACAGAGGUUUCGGAUGUCAUUGUAAUGUUAGACUUCAUACAAGAAGCAAAUGUGUAUGGUGUACCUGUGCCAGAUCAUGAAGGAAAAGCAGGAAUGGUCUCAGUUAUUUUAAAGCAGAAUAUGUCAUUAGACUUGGAACAAACGUACAAACAAGUAGUGACCUAUCUACCAAGCUAUGCUUGUCCACUGUUUUUAAGGGUCCAGGAGAACAUGGAAAUGACUGGAACAUUCAAACAACAAAAAUUUCGACUGGUGGAUGAAGGUUUUAAUCCAUCUACCAUUACUGAUCCUCUUUAUUUUUUAGAUAAGUCUAAGAAAGCGUACAUCUCGUUAACCAAAGAAGUAUAUGAGAUGAUCUUGUCUGGGAAAAUGAAACUUUAAUUAAUCUAAUAAUAGGCUAUUAUGGGACAGUCUAUACAAGCUACUGUGUGAGAAAACAGUAGCAUUAAUUCUCAGUAUUUAUACAUAGUUAUCCAGAUUAACAUUUUGUACACUCGAUAUUUACAUUCAUGUAUGUCAUGUAUCUUUCCUAACUUGAUCAUUACUGUUGACUAAUCAUUUUUUACCUCUUGAGACCAAAUACUAAGAGACAUGUGAAAAAGCAAAUGGAAUCUAUUUUAUCUUAAUUUUGGAAUAAAAAUACUGAAUCUGGUAGUUUUUUUUAGUACUAAGUUAACAUAUAACAUAUGAGACAUAGAAGAAAAUAUCCGACAUAAAAAGACUGUGGCACAAGUUGUUGGGUUUUGACAGUGAAAAUAUGCCAGUACCAUCUUUUUUUAAAUGUAGUUUGCAGUUCAUUUGUGCUUCUUAUAUGCAUUUUAAGAAAUACUUGACAAUGGUUGAAAGAUAAAACAGCUCUUCUGCAGAGGACUUGUCUUCUGGAGCAUUCAAUGAAAGAAUGAAGCUGAAGAACGCCCUCCAAACAAACCUGAAACUAGGAGGUUUAUACUAACAUCGUAACUGAGAUUGUUUUGUUGUAAUAAUCUGUGUUUCUUCAUUUGUUAGGCUGCCUGUUUGGGAAAUCAAACUGUGAAGCCAGAGCAAACUUUGUUAAAUGUUUAGCAGCACAUGACAAUAGGCAGAAAAAAUGUACACACUCAAUGGGGAUAAUUGCCUAUAUAGCAUAAAAGGAAUUGUUACAGCAGUUUAUGUCAUGCAUAUUGGCUAACAUGCAGCUUGCUUACUGUUAUAAAAUAAUAACCUCUUGUAGUCAUUAAUGAAUGUAAAAUAUAGCAGAAAUUAGGGAAAAAAAUAAUGUUUUCUAUUUAAUUGCUUUUUAAACUUUUUAAAUCAAGUAUUAGGAUUAUUUCAACUAAAUUCUAUAUUGUCUCUGACUUAAGUCUGAUUGCAUAAAGUCUGUUUUGUAGCCUGUUUUGAUACACUAUUUCUACAGUGGCCUCCUUUAAUAGACAUGAUGCCACCUUUGAUCAGCAGAAGCAGUAUUACAGAAUACCGAAAAUUCCUCAUGUGACAGAAGUGUGGUAUGAAACAAGGCUCUCAAGAGAGUAUGAUGUCACAUAGCUUCAAAAUUAACUGUCUCUUCAUGUUGCUUUCUAGUUUUUUCUUCCAACAAAUCAUUAGAACUUGUGUUGAA